AUGAGCGAGCUCGCGACCUCGGGUACGACACCGACGCCUCCAGCGCGCCCUCCGGCUGGCGCUCCUGCUGCUGCAGGGGCCGCACCAGGCGCGAACGCGGGCGGCGACCAGAGCGACAUAGACAUGGAGCGUGCUGACGGCAACCUGGUCCGCGAGGUGGUGGACCCAGCUGACGAGGAGCUCGGCGACCAGGACAAAGAGGAGGAAGAAGAAGAGGAGGAGGAGGACAUGGAGAGGGACUGCGGCGCCUCUAAAGCUCCCGCCGGCGCGACGAACCCGGAUUCAGGGCGACAUACAGUAGAUUCGGGUGAAGACGCACGGGUCAGCUCUGGACCGAACAACCCGAGUCGUCAUGACAUUCCGGAGGCAGCCAAUGUAGUGCCUUCUCGGUUCGUGGCUCCACCGAAGCGCAUCCCGGGCGGGCACACUUUCAUUGUCGGCGUUCCGGCUACGACAGACGCCGUUGUUCAGCAUUCGCACAUCCAGGAUGGUUACGGAGGGACCGAGGCUCUGAUCCAGUUUCUGGGCCUGUCCGAACAGGACUUGCUCGACUUGGACCUGCUGCUCGGGCCUAACAACGACCGCCGAGAGCUAGCGUCCGUCAUCCGGCACUUCGAUCCGGAGCACUUGGCCGAGAAAACAUUCCACACCAUGUCGUUCCUGCGCGUCGUUCUGAGUGAGCUUCGUAAGGCCAAGCCGCAACUCCAAUCCAAAGGCCAGGACGUCGAGUCUAUCCAGGCUGUUCGGGCGGAAUUGAAUCAGGAACAGGCUUCUGCACCCAAGAUCGAGGAGCUUGAACACAAACUUGGCCUGGCUGAAGCUGAGAACCGGGAACUACGAGAACGCCUGCGCAAGAAAACUUUCCGGGCCGACGACUUGAUGACCUUCCUAAAUCAGAGCCGGAACGAGACCUGGGUCCAAGUUGAUGCAGUCGACAAGCCAAGCAGAAGGAUUCAUCCGUAUCCAGGUCCAGCUCCAGCAGAUAGUGAGGAUGACAAUGAAUACGAUGGCACGGAUGGUGAUCAGAUGGACGAGAUUCAGGACGACAAUGGUGGCCUGAGCUUGGAUCAAGAAGAUAAGACUGAAGAUAACCCGUCGUCUCCGCCUCGCUCUAGAACGGCUCCGCUCUCGCCCGGAGUUCAGGGGUCGCCAGCUAAGCCGCCAGCUAAGUGCCAGUGGCGCCCAUCCAGGAUGGUCGAGACCAAUUCAGGCCCCCGCUCACCGACACGUCCUCUUUUGCUCACAGUCGAGGAAGGCCGAGCAAUGAUCCCUGAGUUUGUUGCUUGGGAACAGGUCCGGACGGAUGUUCAGCUGGUGAUUCUGACUGGGCUCCUGGACAUGCUGGCCCUCAUGAUGUACUGGGUCGUUCUUGAUGCCACAUAUUGGGCCAGGUAUGUCCCUGAAUCCUACUUUCGGAUGGCCGAGUUAAUCUACCAGCACGCCCUGAAAACGGGUUGGGCUUUGGAUGAGUGGCCUCCACUAGAUGGUAUCCAGCAGUCGGAAGUGAUCGAGGUUCUGGGUGAGGACGAUGAAGAGGAAGAUACUCACAGCAGUGAUGAAUCAUACUCCGAGCGUAAGAAGGACAAGAAGUCUUCCAAGCGCAAGCGUCGUCACAAGUCAAAGUCCAAGCACACCACCUCCAAGCCGAGCAGGGCUGGCCAUCCUGAAUCCGAGAAGCGCACUCGGUCCAGCAGCGUGGAACGGUCGGAGUCGGACAAGUCGAUUGAGGUCUUCUCCCCGAAUCGGGCCACCCCACACCAGACGGCCACCCCACACCAGACGGCACUUGCUGCCAAGGCGUACAAGGAGCUGACUCCGGAGGAGAUCGGCAUCAUCGAAGAACCAGGCCGGGGCCGAAUCAAGGUCCUGUACUUCCACAUUCGGGAGGAUCUGGAUGAGUCUGUCCUGAAAAAGCUGGAUGAGGUCGUCAAAUUCAUGGAGAAGUGGGAUCGGGAGAUCUGGGAGAUUUUGCACUGGAUCACGAUAAAGACCAGGGGCAAGACAAAUGCCGAGACCAAGGCCCUGACUAAGUCCAAAAAGCUGAACGACGGUCGAGUCAAGCGUCGUAACAAGGCCGCUCAGAAGUUUCAGAAACUCAAGAAACGCUUGAUCUCGGAAGGCUUCCCUGAAACCCUGUUCGAAGAACCCGGAGUCGAGCAGAUUCAGAUGGCGGAAGCAGAUGAACCAGCGCGCCGACAGUGGGGUCAGGGUUAUACCGAAGAAGAGCGCCUGAAGCAUGUGUCCCCAAGAGUCAAGAAGAAUCUGUUGCAACCAGAGCUAUGUGUCGGCAACUGGGUGUCCGCGAAGUACCAAACGUAA